GUUCACCAGGUUGAUUCCAGGGAUGAAGGGGUUAACCUAUGAGGACAGAUUGAGUCGCCUGGGACUGUACUCUCUGGAAUUCAGAAGAAUGAGAAGGGAUCUUAUAGAAACAUACAAAAUUUUGAAAGGGAUAGAUAAGAUAGUAGGAAAGUUGUUUCCAUUGCAAUCGGAGGCGCUUUGGUCUGCGCGGAACAGUUUGUCAAGCCCACAGUUACCUUACCCUCAUUCGCGUGGUUGCACGCGUUGCUCUCCGGUCGAAUUUGGUGUCCCGUCCUCUGACUGUCACUUCCGAUAAUAAAAUCUACACAAAUAUUUAAUCUGAUUAAAGUCAGGUGAUAGUUCUGAAAAUGGAGGCGGCUCAUCACGAGGUGGAUGAAAGAAGCCCGUUGCUAAAUGCGGAUCAUGGAAGAUCUGAAUGAUGUAUAUCUAUCGUUAGGCUGUUUUACUGAAAUAUAGGACUUCAAACAAUCUGACGUGAAGGCAUGCCCGUUGAGUUGCUGCAGGAAAAUCGAAGUCACCGGCGGUCAAUCCGGGUCAUGUACCUUACUAUGUUCCUCAGCAGUUUAGGUUUCUCGAUUGUAGUCUCUUCAAUUUGGCCAUUUCUGCAAAAGGUGGAUAAGACUGCAGAUGCAACUUUUCUUGGAUGGGUUAUUGCAGUUUACAGCUUGGGGCAGAUGAUUGCAUCUAUACUGUUUGGUGCAUGGUCCAAUUACAGGCCAAGAAGGGAACCUCUUAUUAUCUCAAUUUUGAUUAAUGUAGCAGCAAACAUACUGUAUGGCUAUGCACAUGCCCCACCAUCGCAUAAUAAGUACUAUAUGCUGCUUGCACGAGCAUUUGUUGGAUUUGGAGCAGGAAAUGUGGCUGUGGUACGGUCAUAUGUUGCUGGUGCAACAUCACUUCAGGAAAGGAACAAUGCAAUGGCUAAUAUAAGUGCUUGUCAAGCUCUGGGAUUUAUACUAGGACCAGCUUUGCAGACUGCCAUGACAAGCAUUGGGCAAAUGGGCGUCUCUUGGAAGGUGAUUGACCUUGAGUUGAACAUGUACACUGCACCAGCUUUUCUGGGAGCUUUCCUAGGAAUUGUAAACAUCAUUUUUAUUAUUGCAGUAUUCAGGGAACACCAUGUUAAUGAAUUGAAUGGAGCAAAAUGUAUAAAUGGUAACAUCCAAGGAAGUUCGGAGAUGCUUGAAAAUUCUGACGGGGAUAUUGAUCUGGUUGCAGUUGUAACGUGCAACAUCCUGUUUUUCGUAAUUCUCUUUGCAUUUGCCAUUUUUGAAACCAUAGCCACCCCAUUAACCAUGGACAUGUACGCGUGGACUGGGAAGCAGGCGGUCCUCUACAAUGGGCUUCUGCUGGUGGGUGUUGGUGUAGAGUCAAUUGUUGUUUUUAUGACAACAAAAAUUCUUUCAAAAAGAUUUGAGGAUCGUCUAUUGCUGCUUGAAGGAUUUGUUAUCAUUUUUGUUGGCUUCUUUAUUUUGUUACCAUGGGGAAAUCAGUAUCCACAAAUUCAGUGGACAGAUAUUAAGAAUGGUUCCAACUACAGUUCUGCUGACAUAAUGUACGGUGAAUCUUCCAUAGUUGCAUGGGAUUUCUUAUUACGGUCUUCACACAGUGUCGAUGCAGUAGGUUGCCCUGUGCAGCAAGAAUGGUGUCAACAUAUACCUAUUAUCCAUCUAGCUCAAUACAUCAUAUCUAUUAUCCUGAUCGGAGUUGGAUACCCUGUCUGUAAUGUUAUGUCCUACACCUUGUAUUCUAAAGUUUUAGGACCAGUGCCCCAGGGUAUAUAUAUGGGCUGGCUAACAGCCUCUGGAAGUGGAGCACGCACACUUGGACCAGCUUUUGUUGGGCAGGUUUAUCCUCGUUAUGGGCCUCGGUGGACAUUUGGCCCCCUAUGUGGAAUGGUGAUGGCAGCUACAAUACUUGUUGUACUGAUGUAUAAAAGACUCCUAGGAUUUUCAGUCCGGUCUCUGACCCUUCAACGAUGAUUAACUUUAAGGAGUGCAAAACAAAAUUAUGGACUCUACCUUGAGAACAAAAUUAAAUUACACUUUAUAAUUUAACAAUCUGCUGUAUAUAAUUCUAAUGUUAAUGAUAUUUUUAAAACAAUUUUGAAAUAACAAAUAUAGGAAUAUUUUAAGCUUUAUUUUUGUGUGGGGAAAAGAAAGUUAACCUUUCAGUAUGUGUGAAAGGGUUUUAUUUUGCUGUAAAAUUUAGACACUCGCCCUCACAUAAAAGUCAAUCAAAUAUGAAUUGAAGCCCAGCUAUGCUCAACUUUGUUACAGCUUAAAGCACCAGCCAAACAAGUAGGUGCAUGGCAGCAGUAAAUGAAACAUUGAUUUUAAUGUAAGGGAAAUCCCUUUGUGCAUAUUGGAUAAUCAGAAACUGAACGUGUACACAACGGUUAUAUGGAGACAAGCUUGUUUUUUUCCUGCUAUUGUGAAUGCUGCUUCAAGCUCAAAAUGAGUUUAUGAUGAAAUGUUUAGUUCAUAUUAAACAUGUCACAUUAUAUAACCCAGAGAUUCUAUUCCUUGCUGGCAGACUCAAUAAAUCCAAUUACCAUAGCAGAAUCAAUCAAAGAUAGCUUCCAAAAUGGCAGACAACCAGUAUGCAAAAGACAACAAACUGUGCAAAUACAAAAUAUUGAGAACAUGAGAUGAUGAGUCCUUGAAAGUGAGUCCAAAGGUUGUGGGAACUAAUGGUUAAAAAUAUCUUCAAAUGCAGUUGUCAGGAGCUAGCAUUCCUGAAUAUAGGGAGAAAAUUAUGGUUGGAGGCUGCUAAUUGCUGGUCAAGACUGAACAAGGAGGUGGGGACAAUUCUGGAAUAGGAGUGUUUAGUCAUCUCAGUUGCUACCAGCAAGCAAACACUGGAUUUUCAACCUCUUAGAAUGUAGGGCAUUCAAAUUUAAAGAGUCAAAGCCAAAUAUGUUAAGCUGCUUUAUUUUUACAGCAAAGUAAAUGUACAUUUAAUAUUGCACUUGCUAAUUAAACCCUUACACUGAAAACAGAAAAAAAAAAUUGAUGCUGGAAAGCAGAAACAAGAACUAAAAGAACUGGAAAAUCUCAGGUCAGAGAAAUGGGAUUAAGGUUUCAAUGUAAACAGACUUGAAAUAUUAACUCUAUUUUUCUUUCCACAAAUACUGCACAACCUGCAGUUUUCAGCAUUUGUUUUGUUUCAAAUCUAUACCUGUUCAUCCUGGAAAUAAAAUAUUUUAAAAAUUGGCAUGUUUUUAGCAAUGACUGUUUUCAAACUAUCCUCCGGUAAUCUUUCUAUAAAAGCUCUCUCAAACCUCAGCUUUUUAUGUAUUCUUCCCAACAAGGGCUAUAGUUUAUCCAAGACUAAGUUUUGAAAAUAGACUAACAUACUGGAGUAAUAUUAAUGCUAGCAUAUUAACAUUCUGACUGACCUUUGUUCUUCUAUAAAUUAUGUACAAUUUCUAAAUUAAAGUAAAUGUUACCAACUUUUAUUUUAAAAUGGCAGGACAAUGAAAGUUAGAAAAAGACUGCUGAU